UUAAUUAAUAUUUUUCGAGUAUUAGGUUAUUGUUAUUAAUAAUAUUUUUUGGAGCAUUUAUUAUCUGGUUUAAACAUACAUUUUCAACACCGAGAUUAUAUUUUUCUAGGUUGGAAGAAUACUCCUAACACUAAUUGCAUCAUACUUGAUCAUACUCGGCGAUAUAUCCGAACAGCUGAUAUAUUGUGUUGAUAAUCAGAAAUGGGCAUGUAUAAAAAUUGAAAAUUGAUAUAUUGGGAAACGCACUGUGGGCGUGGCCAAUCGCUGUAAGCAGUUGGCAAAAAAAGAAACUAAAUACACACACCCAAGUAUAUCCCAUUAACAUUGAAUUUUAUUGUUUAUUAAAAAAAUGUUAUUAACUAUUGAGUAUAUACUUUCAUGGGCACGAAAAACGAAUUCCUCACGAAAUUCCCUUGAAGAAAAUCGUAUUAUAUAUGCGGAACAUAUUACGAGUAUUGGUGGAAAAAUUGAUUCAAGUGAUGAGUAUCAUGUGUUUGCCACUUGAUAUAUUAUCAAAAUGUGAUUUUACUUUGACAGGUUGUUGUUUGUCUAACCUCGAAAAUGCAUAGAAACUCAGAUCUCUAUUUCUCCUGGAAUUACUGUUGCACCCAGAAACGUAAAGUCUUGUUUUUUAUUUUUUUUAAUCAAUUUUGCGGAAAAUUUUGUACCAGACCUUUUAAACAAUUUGUAAAAAUAUUAUUCGUUUAUUAAUUUAGCAUAUAUACUGUGUAUACCACAUAUGAAUGGGUGUAUGAAAUAGUUUCCAGAAAUUUACCACCAGACGUCGUGGUGAAUUGUGCGUUUCCCAAUAAAUAAUUGUCUUAUAAAUGAUAAGAAAAAUAGUUGAUGUAAAUUAUUAUCAUAAUAUUGAGAAAAAGAGAGAGACAUAAUUUAAUAAGUUAAACCAAGUUGGUCUAGGUGGUGACUGGUAACUGGUGACUGCUUGAGGUUAUGGUUAAAUUGGGUUAAAUUCAGUGUUUAUACAAUUAAUAUUAUUAACAAAGAUAUAUUUUUUAACAACUAUUAUUUAUCAUAAUAAGAUUGCCAUUGUAUAAAUAAUAUAAUGAUACAGUUUAACAAUAAAACUUGUUGAUUUAUAGAGAUAUUUUGUUUUGUUGACAUACUGACACUGGAGAUAAACAACACAAUAAAAUAAAUGAACAUUAUGCUCACUGGAAUGGUAUGUCAUUUACUACCAAAAUCAAUAGACUUGUAUGGCGUAUUACAAUGUCUCGAUUAUGGAUGAAAUAUUUAUUAAUAAUUUCACUAUUAUUAUGUGAUUUUUAUUUAUAUAAAAUUAUUAAUGUUUUAUUUAUCAGCAAGAGAGGCUGAAUUAAAAUUAUCCAAAGAAACAUUAAGUAUACCAAAUGUAUUUGUUGAUGGUAUACAUCAAGCCAAAGAUCAACUUGUCAAUAGUCAAUAUAAUAAAAAAUGUGAUGUCGUUCAUAUUGCCAUGGUUGGUGACAGUUGUCAAAUCAAUAAUAUUUUAUAAAUCAAAACCAAUUCAUUUUCAGCUACUUGUCGAUGAAAUAUCACUGAGAACAUUAAAAACAUUAUUCGAUACCUAGAAUUUACCAGAAGUUAAAGUAUCACUACAUUCAGCUGAGAUAUGGAUACCAAACAAGCAUUAUUCUGGUGUUUAUGGAUUAUUAAAAUUAAUAUUUCCGGAUCUAUUGAGCCAGGAUAAAGUAUUGGCACUUGACACAGACAUAACUGUUCUCGCUGAUAUAUCAUUACUCUGGGAUGAAUUUGAUAAUUUUAAAAAUAAUAAUAUGCUUGGAUUAGUAGAAAAUCAAAGCAAUUGGUAUAUUAAAAAAUUAUCAUAUGGACAAUCAAUUUGGCUCGCAAUUGGACGUGGUUUUAAUACUGGUGUUAUGUUGACGAAUCUCAAAAAAUUGCGAGAAUUUAAUUUUAAUAAAAUUUGGACACGAAUAACAAAACAAGUAUUAAUGGAAGUUCAUGAAACAGUAUUAGCUGAUCAAGAUAUUAUGAAUUCAGUUAUUAAAAAACAUAGUGAUAUUGUUGUUACUUUGGAUUGUGUUUGGAAUGUACAAUUGAGUGAUCAUACACAAAGUGAAACUUGCUACAAAAAUUCAAAACAAAUUAAAAUAUUACAUUGGAAUUCACCUCGUAAACAGGAAGUACAAAAUAAGCAUGCAAUUGAUUUUAAUAGAAUGCACAAAGUUUUUCUUGAAAUGGAUGGUAACUUGUUACGACGACAAUUAUUUCAAUGUUCUGAAAUAAAAGUUGACAACAAUACAAAUAAAUUUAAUGAUUGUACAAAAUUUACAAUGGGCUCAUCGAUUGUUUAUCGAACUCAUUUAUAUUUUUUUGAAUGAGGUCAUACUGCAACGAAUUACAGCAAUUAGAAGACGGCAGUUGUGCCUUAUGAAGUCACUUGGGAGCCUUACGUUGUUGUAUCUAAAACAGCACCAAAAUUUAAUCAAAGAUUUAUUGGUUUCGGAUAGAACAAAGUUUCAUUUAUAACUCAUUUGACUGAUCUUGGAUAUAAGUAUAUUGUUUUGCCAGAUGCUUUUAUUAUUCAUCGACCUCAUGCUCCUAGUUUAGACAUUGCUAAAUUUCGAACAAAUACAAUUUAUCGAAGAUGCCUCAAAAAGUUGAAAGAUAAAUUUGUCGAUGAGUUGAUAAAUAAAUUUGGUAAAAAUGCAUUAU